CAGCAUGGUCCUGGUGCACGUCGGAUACCUGGUGCUGCCCGUCUUCGGCUCCGUGCGCAACAGAGGUGCUCCCUUUCAAAGGUCUCAGCAUCCCCAUGCUACCUCCUGCCGGCAUUUCCACCUGGGUCCCCAGCCUCAGCUCUCCGCCGACUUCACCCUGCCUCACGCGGUGCAGCCCCAGCCGGGGCUGACCCCUCACAUGGCCCCUGCACACCAGCACAGUGGCCCCCUGCACCAGCCCCUGGCCCCAGUGCCACCCCUGCCCUUCCAGGACGUCGCUGGACCCUCCUUCCUACCUCAGGCGCUACACCAGCAAUACCUCCUCCAGCAGCAGCUCCUCGAGGCACAGCACCGCCGGCUCAUGCCCCAUCCCAGGCGGGCUCAAGAGCGCAUGUCUGUCCAGCCUCACCGCCUGCACCCCAGCUUCGACUUCAGCCACCAACUGCAGACUCCACAACCCAUGGGGCCCCAGCCCAGGUAUUUAGCAGAAGGCACGGACUGGGACCUCAGUGUCGACGCGGGACUGACUCACGCCCAGUUCCAGGUCCGUCCCGUCCCUCAGCCAUAUCAGCAUUACUUAGCCACACCUCGGAUGCACCAUUUCCCCAGAAGCACAUCCUCAACGCAGAUGGUUGUUCAUGAAAUCAGAAAUUACCCUUACCCUCAACUUCAGUUGCUUGCUCUUCAGGGACUGAACCCAAGCAGGCACACAUCUGCUGUGCGGGAGAGCUACGAAGAGCUGCUGCAGCUGGAGGACAGGCUGGGCAGUGUGAGCCGGGGCGCCGUCCAGAACACCAUUGAGAGAUUCACCUUCCCCCACAAGUACAAGAAGGCUAGGAAGCUGCGGGCCAAAUUUUCAAAGGGGUCUCAACCUUCUCCCACCCAGCGGGUGCAAUUUCCCCCCUGUCCGCACCUGAGAAGACCACAGGAAGGCAAAGCUGAGCAAGACGAUGGAGAGGAGUCAGACACCGAUGAGAAAUGCACAAUCUGUCUGUCCAUGCUUGAAGAUGGAGAAGACGUCAGGCGGUUGCCUUGUAUGCAUCUCUUCCACCAAGUGUGCGUGGACCAGUGGCUGGCCACCAGCAAGAAGUGCCCGAUCUGCAGGGUGGACAUUGAAACACAGCUCGGCUCGGACAGCUGAAAGGACUGGCUGGACACACCAUUUUCCUUACCAGGUCGUAUGGCCAUAGACCCUUGCAGCAAAAUUUUUGCCUUCUGAGCCAUUUGAUUGAGAGGGGAAGUCUGCAGGCACGUUAGUGAGGAGGAGGAGGAGGUGGUGGUACAAUAUCUAGCAGUAGGAGAUAUUGCACAUACGCAGGAUACAGGCCCAGUGAAAGGGAGCUGGCAUUCCCGGAGCUCAGAGACCCCGUGCUGCAGAAGAUUUAGUGUUGAACAUGAAGGAACUAGUUGUGGUAGCCUGGCCUGUCAAUCCUGCACUUCAUGGGGAUUGUAUAUAUACCUCUCGAAUAUGUAGAAACAUGUUAGGGGUCCUUUAGCUAUUUCUAUGGAUGGCAGCUGGAGCAUGUUAGCUUAAGAAAUGUUGUGUUUGAUGCCCUACUCAUCUUGUGGUGGACAUGUUGCUGUUACCUAUUUUGCACCAAAUAUUUUUUCAUAGAUUCCUUAUUUUGGUGCCUGAUUAAUACAUUGCAGAGGGGGAAUAAAGAGGUCAAACUUUCCCACCCCUGGGGUGGGGGAAGAGGAGAAAAAGCAAAAUCCUGUUUACAGUCAGAAGGGUUUGCGCUCUUUGCCUCAGCCGCGUGUGCUUCUUUCCCUUGCAUUUACAGUGUGUUGCAAAUUUAGAGAAGCUUAAAGAAAUAAAAAUUGGGGAUAAAACGAGCGAAGCAAUAGGGAGAAGCUUCGUUCCUGCUUGUCUGCUGGUGCUGGACACUUUCUGUAGGGGCAUAAUAUUGGACUAGAUGCUGUUUCUUUGCUUUCUGUAUCUUUAACAAAGUAGCUUGUCAUAUCAAAAUCCAAGGAAGAUCUGUCUGUUUGAUUGCCAUUGUCUGUGAUGCUUUCUCCUGUGAGCUGUGUGACUGGUUGGCUUCACCAGCUCCAAAAUGAUGGUUACUGGAGUGGGUGCCUACAGCUGUGCUUUGGGGUAUAAUAACACCAGAGAAGCGCUGAGAAGUGCAAAACAUCGACUCUUCUCCCAUGCAAAGGCAUCUCUGAUAACAGGACAGAAGAAAACUCGAUGCUCUCAAGGCACUGCUGAGACCAUGAGCACCUGGGCGUGGGAGGGGGAGGGAGGUUGGAAGUGGGGUUGCUGCUUUUUGGAGGUUUGCUGCUGGGUUGUGACCUGCCUCAAAGAAUGUGUACCUGCACCCGUGUGAGCUUGCGUACAUGUUUCAGGCUGUAUCCACACGGAGUAAUCAGUGGUUGUUAAAACACAACUUAAUCACAUUAACACUCAAAACAGAAUUAAGAGGUAAUACCCGAAGGAGCAAGCUGUUGUGAUCCACGCUCCCCCUGAAAAAAAACCACCUCAGCAUGCCAACCACAGGGACCGAGUGGAAAACCCUCCGGAAAACCGACACUCACAACCAAAAUAUUCUUUUUCUUUCCUUUUUUUUUUUUUUUUUUUUUUUUUAAUUUCAUACUAGGGGAGUGAAAGAGCUGCAGAGGACCAGCAGGGGAAUUAGUCAGGAACAUUAUGUAUUGAAAAUUCUGAUGUGGUGGGAAUGAUUUCUGGCUCCCCUGAGCAUCCAUUUCGCUGGAGCCAAGUGAUGCUCUCCAAGUAGAAUCAAUCAUAAACCGCUAUCUGAGAAAUCGGAAGAUUCCCAUGAGCUGUAAUUGGAAAACACCAACCUCAGAGGCACCACAGAGACUUUUUUUUUUUCCCAAAGGGAGAGGGGAGAGAAAGAGGGAAUCCCCAUGGACGUGGAGGUGCAGGAGCCUCUCUCUUCAUGUGUCCAUGUAGGUAGGAGGGAGGGGAGUGGGACACUUGGUGGCAUAUAGGGAAAACAUAAGGGAAAAAUUUUUGGCUGUGAGGUUGAUGAGAAACUGGCACAGGCUACCCAGAGAAGCUGUGGCUGCCUCAUCACUGGAAACAUUCAAGGUCAUGUUGGACAGUGCUCUGAGCAUCCUGGUCUAGUGGAAGGUGUCCCUGCCCACGUCUGGGAGUUGGAACUGGAUGACCUCUUAAGGUCCCUUCCAACCCAAACUAUUCCAUGAUUUUAUGAUAUAUUUGACACUCAGCACAAGCAACAGCUUCUUGGGGGAUGUGGUGGUUCCAGCCCUGAUGUCCAUGGGUCAAGGAGUGGUCCAUCCUUGGGGCUGGCUCCAGCAGCAGCAGAUUGAAGCAUCAUUACAAAUAAUACUAAUAAUACUAUUUUAUACAAGGCUUUGCUGGUAAAAUACACUGUAAGGAGAUCUGGUCUGUCCAGGCGUGAGCUGGGGGUGAAGCUGGGAGAGAAACAGAGUGGCUGGGACUCUGGCUGGGUGGGGAGGGGAUGAAAAGUGCUCCUGAACAGCGUGUUUCCUUAAAGCCUGUGAGAAAGUGUUACUAUUUGCCUAAUAAACAAGCACAGUUUUUAAAAAAAAAAAGAUCAAGCAAACUAAAAAAGAAAAAAAAAAUAACAAACCCUUUGGUGAAGAAAAGCACCAAACUCCCAUGGUCUAAGUGUGAGUGACUGAUCCCAAGGUGUGUGCGAAUUUACAGCAUCUGGAGUUGUAUUGGUGUGUCAGGUUUCUUUGCAUUUAAAUAAUUUGUACGAGUAGGUUGCGAUAAUAGGGUGAGUUUAAAAAAAAAACAAAAUGAAACAAACAACAACAACAAAAAAAUCUCUAGAAACAAAACAUUGAUAGUUUACAGGGUUUUGUGAGUUUAAAUGCCUUAUAUUUAACAAUCAUAAUUUAUGACUAACUUGUAGAUAUUGUGGGUUCUUAUUUAAUUAUUUUUAUAGUUGGUUUUUUUUGCAUUUUUAAUUAUAAUUUAUUUAUUUAGAAAUUACUACUAAUUUUUUUUAUUACUCCUAUUACCUCAUUUUUGCAUUGUUUCUGGGAAUGGAAUGCUUUGCAUGCAUCGGUACUUAAAAAAAAAAUUAAACAGGGGAUGUGGGGGGUAAUGCUUAUCUUGUCAAAAACAAAAAAAAAAAAAAAAAGAGAAAAAAAUCAGGGUGUGUGAUUACAAACUGUAUUACUGUGGUGCUGUUACCUUGGAUACAUUCCAUAAAAAUGCAAACCUUUGAUUCUGUAUGCUGUGACAUAGUGGAAAACUGCAAUAUAGUGACUGUGUUUAGCACAUAUAUAUGAAUAUUAUUUGCACUCAUAAUCAAACUCUGGUGAUCCUUUCGCUUGCGUCCCCGCGCAUUGAAGGCGGGUUAACGACGCUCUGCAAAACCAAAAACAUUUUGUGGUUGGUUCCCGGUCCUGCCCCGUCCCCGCCGCCGCUGGUGAUGCUGCUGCUGCUGCUCUUUGCUGCAUGUGUGACCCUGCAAUGACACCCAGCAGGCCCCCGCUGCAAGGCUGCGCUUGGGGCAAUGCUCUGCACCCUUUAGUGCAAGGCUCUGCACGCUGCUUCAAAGGCCAAGGAAGGAAACCCAGGUGUGGUGGUGGCUUUGUCCGGAUUUUGGUGCCUGUGGGUGCCCGGUUUGGCUCUUUUCACCCUCUGUGUCUGCACCCAGCUGGGGUGAAGGAGGCAGUAGGUUGAACCUGGGCUUGGGGGGAACAAAAGUGAGGAACUCCUUGCAGUUUUUUAGGGGUUGACCUCUCUACUCAGAGGCUGGUAAGGCACUGGCACAGGUUGCCCAGAGAAGCUGUGGCUGCCCCAUC